AUGUCGAGCGAAAAAAGGGUUGAACAGGUGAAUGUGGAAACAGAAUCUUCUGCCCACCCCUCUGAAGAUCACAUCGAACUCGUGCACCAUUCAUGGGCUGAAAUAGAGGCUUCAGGGAAGUGGUACAACCGCCGCUAUGUCUCUUUCAUUCCUCCCUACUCUCAUGCUAUGGUUCAGAUCGUCAUCAUGUCGUUCGUUUUAUUUUUAACGCCUGGUUGUUACAAUGCCAUCUCCGGUAUAGGUAACUCUGGUCUUACUGACCCAAAAGUUGCUGACAAUGCUAAUGUUGCCCUUUACUCCACAUUUGCCACUAUUGGUGCAGUUGGCGGAGUCAUCUGCAACAUGAUCGGUGUUAGAGCAUGCUUGGUGUUUGGAGGUACUGGCUACCUCAUGUACACUUUGUCUUUGUUGGUGUUCCAUUAUAAGGGAAACAAGGCCUUCCCUGUAUUUGCAGGUGCCUACUUGGGUGUAUGUGCAUCCUUGACGUGGGCUGCCCAAGGCUCGAUUAUCAUGUCUUAUGCUUUGGAGAACAAGAAGGCUACUGCUAUUAUGGUCUUCUGGGUCAUCUUCAACUUCGGUGCUGUUCUUGGCUCUUUGAUUCCUUUGGCGCAAAACAUGGAAACAGGCCUGUCACAUGUUAAUGCUGGCACCUACAUUGCCUUUAUGGUCUUGAUGGGUGCGGGUAUUGCCUUGGCUGCAUUUUUGCUUCCUAUGGAUAAGGUCUACAAAGCAGACGGCACCAAGGUCAUUGCAAAGAAGUAUCCUAGACUUCAAGAUGAGCUCAAGGGUAUGUGGAAAGUGUUGAAGACUGAACGGAAAAUUUACUUUUUGUUUCCAAUGUUUUGUGCCUCUAACUGGUUUUACACUUAUCAGUUCAAUGACUUCAACGCUGGCCGUUUCAAUGUCAGAACUAGAUCUUUAAAUUCUUUGCUCUAUUGGCUCUCGCAGAUGGUCGGAGCCAUAGGCAUCGGAACUAUGUUGGAUAGCACAAGAUUCAGCAGACCUGUUCGUGCACGUAUGGGUUACGCUGUGGUUUUCAUUUGUGGCUUAGCUAUUUGGGGUGGUGGUUUGAAGUUCCAGUUGGGUGUUACCAGAGAGAAUGUAGUCAACAAGACACCAAUUGACUUCAAAGACGGUGCUUACAUCGGUCCCAUGUUUUUGUACAUGUUCUAUGGCGGGUUUGAUGCCAUCUUCCAAAGUUUCAUCUUCUGGAUCUUGGGUACAUUUUCCAACAAUCCAAAGAAAGUUGCAUUGUAUGCUUCUUUCUACAAAUCUUUGCAAAGUGCGUUUGCUGCUAUUGUUUGGAGAUUGGACGCAAUGAAGAAGCCAUAUAUGGACUUGUUUGCUUCCUCUUGGGGUUUGGUUCAUGGAUCCAUGCUCAUUGCUGCUCCUUUAAUUUUGUUCAUGAUUACCGAACACACGGGGCUCGAGGAAGAUGGUAUUGAGGAGCUUUUGAACGAUGAAGAAAUCAAGAUCGAGCAUCUGAAGUAA